GUUCCGCUUCUUUAAACUAUCGAGGUACAUAUAAAAAUAUCCGCCAUUGCUGCAGGUUUUUUGUAAUAAGUGUAUAUGCAAAGUUUUUCGUACCAAUUUUCGCAAUUUGAAAACAAAAAUCAUCAAUCGGGGUUAUAUACUAUAAACCAUAUCUGGUUUUAUAUAUUGAAGUUCAUUUAUAAUGUCUCGUAGUGAAAGUCGCAUUUAUGUUGGAAAUUUACCUCCAGAUAUACGUACAAAGGAUAUUCAAGAUUUAUUUCACAAAUUCGGCAAGGUAGCAUUUGUAGACUUAAAAAACAGGCGUGGUCCGCCAUUUGCAUUUGUCGAAUUUGAGGAUGCUCGUGAUGCGGAAGAUGCGGUAAAAGCCCGUGACGGGUAUGACUAUGAUGGAUAUAGGCUUCGUGUAGAAUUCCCACGAGGAGGCGGGCCAGGAAGUUUCAGAGGUAAUCGUAAUGAUCGCAACCGAAACGAUAGUGGCCGUGGGGGUGGUGGAGGUGGCAGAGGACCACCUACAAAACGCUCACAGUAUCGAGUAAUGAUAACAGGAUUACCUUCGUCUGGUUCAUGGCAAGACUUAAAAGAUCAUAUGCGGGAAGCAGGUGAUGUUUGCUUUGCUGACGCCUACAAGGAUGGUACAGGCGUUGUCGAAUUUUUGAGACAUGAAGACAUGAGGUAUGCCAUAAAGAAAUUGGAUGACUCGCGUUUCAGAUCACAUGAGGGCGAAGUUUCUUAUAUCCGGGUUCGUGAGGAUUCUGGUGAUGGCGAUCGAGGUGGCCGGGACAAUCGUGAUAGAUCUCGUUCAUAUUCUCCACGCCCACGUCGCCGAGGUACUCCCACGUAUUCUCCUUUACGCCGCUCAUAUUCCAGGUCAAGAUCUCGUUCACGAUCAAACUUUUAAUCCAAAACAUAUUUAAAAAUCAUACAAACAAAAAACACAAGAAUAUAUAAUACGUUAAAUAAUGAGCAAAUUCGUAUGUAAUAGUGUUAAAAACAACUAUUAUUUCAAUUCAUAUUGUGUAUUUUAAUUUAAUCAGUAAAGUAAACGUUUUUACGUGAUGCUCACCAUUCGAUUAUUUUUAGCAUUUGCACAUCCUAAAGUUUUUAAUUUAAAUCAGUCCCAUAUAUAUAUAUAUAUAUAUAUUCUAGAAAUUGGAAUAAAUAACCCCCACUACGAAUCGCUUAAAAUUUAUGAAUUGAGAUUUUAAUUAACACUACUUACAGACACAAAAUAUGCCAAUAAAAAUUAUGAAUUUACCGCUUUGGUUAGAAUACUAUUAACAAAAUAAAAUUUAGAUUUUGAAAUACAUUACCAAUAAUAUUAAUAUAUUUUUCUUCUUUCGCUCUGUUCACGAAAAAUCGUAUGGAUGGAAUGGAAAUAUGGAUUAUUGGGAGUAACUGUAAUGAAAAUAAGGAUACCAGAAUUUUGAGAAUUCGGAUUUAUAUAACAUAAGGAUAUGAAUACAUCUUUAUCAGGACAUUUCCGCCUGGGAUAACAAUUCUUUCGAUUCAACGUACAAGUUUGCUGCUAUAUUCCUAUAUUAUCCAGGAAAAUAUUUCUGUGUGUAGCAGCUUCUUACGUUGCAGCUUUGUCUCCUUUCAAUAUUUUCGCUUCGUUCUUAUUUCAUACUAUUCUGUGGAGGAGGAACUUAAGAUGCUACAUGUUGUUAGGAGAAGUUUUAGGACUACGAGGGAGGAUUCUUUAUUCAGCCUUAACGAAACAGUUAGCUUUCAACUUAUAACCGUAAACAGAGAACACCAUAAAGCCUUUAAUUCCUUGAAGAGAAAUCAAACUUUGGAGUUAUUGCCAGGAAACUGAAACGGAACCUUUUCAAAUAUAUAACACUGGAAUUUAUUAGUAUAGGAUUUAAUAAUGGUGAGACGUGGAUAACAAUACGAAUUAGUAUGGACAGUGUUCUUUUAACGAAUCAGGAUUAGGAAAAAAAUGACGGAUUGCAAUAUUAUUCUUAAACUUUCUAUUUAACCAAUCAUCCAACCUCUGCGUCAAUUGGAUUUCGUCACUCCGGUUUUAAAUGGAUUUGAAAAGGAAGGCUGCUCUAACUAAAUUUCUAGUCAUCCAGACAUUUGCUAGCUUUCAAAGUGGCCUCAAAGUCUCGUAGGAUUUUGGAUUUCACUGGUAAAAGAUGAAUGCGUAGAAAUUAGAGAAAUUCUUAUCACCGAGAAAGUUGAGGCCAAAAAGUUACUGAACCCAACGGAUAUAAUUUUUAAGAAAAUUUUCAGGUUUCUAAUCAUAAACUAUGAAAAAAACACAUGUAAGUAUAUCUUAAAAUAAUUUUAUUGUGAAACCCAUUAAAGUAUACCUAUACAGGAUUAUACCUAAAAUCGCGUAAGGAAAAUAUUAUACAAAGCAAUAUGUAAAAAAUGUUUCCGAAAAUAUAGUCGUAUACAUAUA